UUCCACUCUCUUCCCUUGUUCACGAAAUGACGGUGGAGAAGUGGAGGAACGGUAUUUAUGGCCGCAGAAGCAAUGGAGAGAGAGAAGGAGAUAUAUUCUUUUUCUUUCUGUCUCGUGGCUGACGCCCAUAUUUCGUCGCUCUUACGAGACGGUUCCGUCGCGCUCUCUCCCUCUUCCCCAUCUUUCUAUUCGGGGUGAAGGAAAAUGGAGUACGCCUCGUGCGCACGUUAGAGGAUUCCUUAUCUCGUUUGUCUUGUAACUUAAAACUGCCGCCUUCUCUUUCUACUGUUUGUCCUUUUCUGUUCUCAGAAAGAACGAGAGAGAUCAUAGAUUAGGGCAGUGAAAGUAUUUUUUUUGGCAGAAUCUGUGCUGUUUGUGCAAUUUUUUUUCUAGAAAAUCGACCAUCUUAGAUGUAUUUCAGCCACCGCCGGCCAGUCGGAGCGUUGGAUCUGGUUCUUGAGGUCUUGGUUUGAUGGAAGUUGGAUUGUUUAGUCUUUUAUGGGGAUUUUUAAUCGAUUGCUGGAUUCGCUAGAUUCUUCUGAGUCUUUUCUAGUUUUAAUUGAAGAUUUCAUGUGCUUGGAUGGAACCUAGAAUGGGUUUAUCAUAUUAAAACUCCCAUUGAAUGUACCUUAUUCAGUUGGAGUCUGGACAUGGAAAAAGCAUUUGUGGAUGCGAAAGAAGAUUUUGAAGACAAGGAAGAUUUUCUAUAUAGUUUGGACAAGAACGUGCGAGUUGCAAAAAACAAUUGCUUAGUGUUUUCUGCAUCCAGACUCAAAAUGGUGCUAGAAAGGGCAAUACAAGAGCGAUCAUUAACCUCAGAUGUCAAGCAGCCAAGGACUAAUCAAAGAUGCCUGCUCGAAUCAAGCCUUGAAAAUCAGUUUGGUGGAGAACAUUGCAGCCCUAAGUAUACGAGUUUUGUAAGUCUCCAUGAGAAUCUUGUACAGCAUUGCUUGGAUUUGGUAGAAGUUAAAGCAUCUGACUCUCUAAGCAUAGUUUGUAGGACAGCCCCAAUCAAUAUUCCAGCAAGUCUCAGUUCCUCGAAGAUGGAGUUUCUGUUUGGAAGCUUGAAACCCCAUAGAAGGAGAAGCAGAAGUACAAGUGAUUUGAGCAAGUUUGUGAUUGAAUCUGCAUUGGCAGCUGGUCCAGAUAAUAUAAUUAUUGGUCCUGUAGGACAGCGGGCCAUUGACAGAAUUGAAGGGAACAACAAGACAAGGAACCUUUGGAAAAGCCCACUGGUUUGUCAUUUAGGUGCUGUCGAUAGUAAUAUAAGCUUGGGAAAAGAAAAUUUAUCUGGCACUAAGGAUACAAAAUGCUCGGAAGCAAUUAGCUCACCGUCCAUACAAAGUAUCUCUUCACCACAGAUGCAAGUAGCAGAAACUGUAGCAAUGGGAAGACAAAAAUAUGGAUAUGACUGUACAGAUGAAAUGCUCAUUUCUUGCUCAAGUUCCAAUUCAACAUCUUCGUAUCAGUCCACAUCUACAGGUAGUGCUGCUUCUGUGGGACUGCUUCACUGUAAAUGGAAGAGUGGACUCCCCUAUUUUGUGUUCUCUAUGGAUGACCAAGGCGAGGUAUAUGUAGCUAACCCAUGUAAGGUAGAGUCUUUGAAUGAGAAGGGUCUUGACUAUAUGUACUUCUUCCACUCAAGAAUAGAUGGUAAAAGCAAACAGGGGAGCUCUGCUGAUAGUGCAUCAGAUCUUGUUGGUAAGAUGAAGGUAUCGAAUUCUCUUAUUCUCAGUCCAAACAACUCAAAACUCAUCGAGACCGAGUUUGUUAUGUUCGAUCUCAGUGAAGACCAUGGUGAAGAAAGUUCAGUCCAUGCUCAAAAGAGUAAGAAGUUGCCAAAGAAGGCGGUGGACGUAUUUCGGACAAACCAUUCAUCCAAGCAGAAAUAUGGGAAUGCUAGCCCCAAACCCAAGGGUUUAUCUCGGGCACCAGAAACAGGUGUGUUGGGUAAACUCACUGAAAUAGGUAAAGAGAACCUUGUUGAUAAUCAUCUCCCACCCAAUCUUGAGUUGGCUGCCGUCGUUGUAAAAGAAUACUGCCACGAGAACAGUCAAAAAGGACCAAUUGGAGGCUGGGGCUUGAAAUUCCUGGAAAACGCUACAGUUGAGCAUGCCGUUACAUCUCUAUGGUCUUCUGAAAGUUGCAAAGAUGUUCACUCUGGAAAUAGAAGUGAGUCCGUUGUAAGUCUCAAUGUUCUAGUCCCAGCUGGACUUCAUGGUGGCCCAAGGACCAGAAGCAGCGGCCCAUCGUCUCUUACUAAGAGAUGGAGGUCUGGUGGACAUUGUGACUGUGGUGGAUGGGAUGUCGGCUGCCCUCUUACAGUUCUCAACGACAGAUCAAGCAAUGCAGAAAGUUCGCCCGAAAUAGAAGAACAAGAGAGCUGCAAAUCAUUUGAUCUAUUCACAGAGGGUGCAAAAACACAAGGUGUACCCACCCUGAAAAUGGUGAAUAUACAUGAAGGCCUGUAUUUUAUCCACUUCCAAUCUAGUCUCUCAGCUCUGCAGUCUUUCUCAAUAGGGGUGGCCCUUGUCCAUUCAAGGAGUCCAUCUCUACGCCCACCUGUAUACAGAAGUUAGAGAAAGCAGUAUCAGCAAUGUGGUAUGUGUAGUUGUAAGUUGUAAGUUUCUCCUUUUUAUACAUGAGAAUAGAAAAUUAAACUAUUUAUACAGAUAACAACAUGCCUUGGGUUGAA